AUGCCAUUAACUAUAAUUCAUAAAAAUUCAAAUUCUAAAGAUCAGACUACUCAAGAGCCUGCUGACCAAACGGUUUUUCUGGUGUUUCUCACCAAUCCAAUCUAUGACAUGAAAUUACAAUUCCUUAAUUUGUCCAACCCUGACUUCUCAGUAGACUCAAAUAGGAUUCACUCGUUUACUAUACGGGAAACUUCUGGUUGGAUGCCUUCUGAGCUACAGGUGAAGACUACCGCUCUCACCCCUGGAAAUUUUACCUUCCAAAUGGACGUAGAAGAUUCAAUGAUCAAAGAUAUCCGCUCAUUAUUGGUGGAUGGAAUGGCUAACGUGAACAACUCGCGCAAGAAUCUAGCCUUCCAAUCAGUUAAUCCAACGUUCCAGUCCGCUGAUUUAGAUAGCUCCAAGCACUUCAUCAUGGAAUUAAAACUAAACGGCCACACAGGUGUCCGUAUGCAAGGCCAUGUCCAAGCCAUUUGA